GACAAGGCAGGAGGAGGAGGUGGCGGUAGCGGUGGGUGUGCAGGAGCUGUAGCAGGAGCAGGGGCGGCGCCGGGAGCGGGUUUUGCUGACGUGUUCCCGCGGGGGUUCAUGUCGGUAUCCAUGCUGGCGGGUUUCGGGUGUGUCGUGCUGGCGGCUGUGUCGACCAUUCUGCUGGUGCCGCCGGAGGUGGACCCGCUGUACGGCUGGAUCCUGAGUUACGAGUGGGGUUUCAUGCUGCUGGGGUUGUCGUACGGCGCCUACCUGCGCAGCUGCUUCCUGGCGGGCAAGAGGGCGGGACACCACCCUGCCGUACAACUGCCCAAGGCCUACGCUUCCGCCUCGCCCUACGCCUCCCUUCCCCUCUCCGAGACCGCCUCCUCCGCCCUCUUCCUCGUCCUCACGCUGCUUCUGGCGCCCUGGCUGGGUCAGCUGCUGGGCAUUACCUCCUUUGUCGGUACCAUUUUGGCGACGGUGUUUACCGGGUUGGGGGUCAUUGUGGUUGCCAC